CCCAGGAGGAAGGCAAAACCUACUAGAAAGGAGAUCCCAGGGCUGAGUCUCAAUGUCAACCACAGCCAGAGCCCACCCAAGGACAGGAGGCGGUCAGGCAGGGGACUGCCUGCUAAGGAGGGAAGUUGAGCUUUCCUGGCUGUGGAGGAUGAAGGAUGGAACGACCUAGCCCACCCUUCUAACCACCAUCCCCGUCUGAAAGGCUGACUCAGCCUGCUCCGAGGCCCAGAAUCUUCUUUUGCUAGACCCUAGAGCCUUUGUUUAUAGUCAUGAGGCCUGAAGGGGUGGGGACAGUGGAUAAAAGGUCCCAAAGGCAGCAUCCACGCCCUUCUGCUGAGCUGCUGUCCACAUGAAGCCACCAAUGCAGCCCCUGACCCAGGCCCUGCCCUUCUCUCUCAGAGAUGCCCUUCGAGGCACUGGGCUCCAGGUGCCUGUCGUUAAGAUGGGCACAGGGUGGGAGGGCAUGUAUCGAACCCUGAAGGAAGUUGCCUACAUCCUUCUUUGUUGCUGGUGUAUCAAGGAACUGCUGGAUUAAUGGUGGCAGGGAACAGGCCCCUGUCACCCCCAACACCAAGACCUGCAUCCCUCAGGUGGGGAGGGGAGGGCAGGCUGUCGGAGGUGUGGCUGCAGCUUCUGGGGUGGAACCUGUAGCCCAGCUCUCCCAUCUUUUCUAUAGCCCUAAGACUCCUGGAGCCAGCUGGCCUUCACCAAGGACGGGCCACAGAGAGCUGAAGAGUGAGCCAGGACCCUUGCUUUGAGCUGUCCGUCCGUCCGUCCGUCUGUCCGUCUGACCUGCCUCAUCCUGGGGCAUCUAGCCUCAGCUCCUGUCUCUGCUGUGCUUCUGGUCCGCAUGAGCUUGGCUCGCUGGCUCAGACUCCACUGAGACUACAGCAGGAUCUAAUAUUCCUCCAAAACUGGCACAGCGAGCCCACCAACCCACACACUUGAAGAGCCAGAAACGGACUGCCCCUAAGAUAUCUGGUAAUCACUCAACUAUAUAAUAAAUAGGCCUUGAGGCCAAAAA